UGCAUGCUGGGCUCAGAUCAUCAUGAGGUGGUUUGGAGGAAGGACUUUAAACACCGCAGUUUACAGUAGUUAAGAAGAAAGGGGAGAAAGCAGUCAAGCAUUAAUCAGUUUCAGUCACUGGAAUCUGGGUUGGUCGGUUUUGCCUCAGUCUACGCUGUGAAGGGAUACAAUGUAUGAAGACCACAACUUUACAUUUCUGAUUCUAUGACCUUUCAUUUUUUGUAUGGGAAGCGGAGCCGUAGCAUUUGAUACAAACUCCCCACACCAGUUAACUGGGAGAUGUUAACAUAUGAAGCGCAUUGGACGGAACAUGGUUGAGAGGACCAGUAAAUUUGUUUUGAUCGUGCUCGGAUCCAUCUGUUUCAUGUUAAUAUUGUACCAGUACGUGGGACCGGGGAUGAUGAACUUCGGGUCCCCGCACCGGUACCUUAUUCAAGAAGAUUUGGAUAUCUUCCCGACCCCGGAUCCACACUAUGUAAAGAAGUACUAUUUUCCGAUCAGGGACCUGGAGCGCUCUGUUGAUUUCGAAAUCAAGGGGGAAGACGUGAUAGUUUUUCUCCACAUCCAGAAAACCGGAGGGACCACCUUUGGAAGACACCUGGUGCAGAAUGUGAGAUUGGAGGUGCCUUGCGAUUGCAGACCUGGGCAGAAGAAGUGUACCUGUUACCGGCCGAACAGGAAAGAGACCUGGCUUUUUUCCCGGUUCUCUACCGGCUGGAGCUGUGGAUUGCAUGCCGAUUGGACCGAACUCACAAACUGUGUACCCGGAGUGCUCAACAAGAAAGAAAAUACAUUGAAAAAUCCAAGGAAAUUUUACUACAUCACCCUUCUGAGAGACCCGGUGUCACGAUACCUGAGCGAGUGGAGGCACGUUCAGAGGGGGGCCACCUGGAAGACCUCCCUGCACAUGUGCGACGGACGCACUCCCACCCCGGAUGAGCUGCCCUCCUGCUAUGAGGGCACAGACUGGUCUGGCUGCAGCCUACAGCAGUUCACAGACUGCCCUUACAACCUGGCCAACAAUCGACAAGUGAGGAUGCUGGCUGACCUUAGCCUGGUAGGCUGCUACAACAUGUCCUUCAUCCCUGAGAAGAAGCGGGCCCAGGUACUCUUGGAGAGCGCUAAAAAGAAUCUAAGGGACAUGGCCUUCUUUGGGCUAACUGAGUUCCAGCGGAAGACCCAGUACUUGUUCGAGCGGACCUUCAACCUCAAGUUCAUCCGGCCCUUCAUGCAGUAUAACAGCACACGAGCGGCUGGAGUGGACGUUGACAACGACACUAUCCUGCGCAUCGAAGAACUCAACGACCUUGACAUGCAGCUCUAUGACUAUGCCAAGGACCUCUUUCAACAGCGGUACCAGUACAAACGGCAGCUGGAACGCAUGGAGGAGAGGAUCAAGAACCGGGAGGAGCGGAGACUCCAUCGGUCCAACGAAUCACCAAGGGAAGAAACAGAGGAGCAAGGGCGCCUGCCCACAGAGGACUACAUGAGUCAAAUCAUUGAGAAAUGCUGAGUGAUGACCACACCAUUCCGUCUGUAACCUACUGUAAUUAGGGUCAAAUCUUCUGUGUUUUCGGAUGUUUGAACAGUGGAUUGUGGUGCAGAUCAUUGUGGAUUAUGCCCCAUUAUCAGUACAGGCACUUACCAGAUGCCCCUCCUUUAACCAGUAUGAAGAUUGCAGUGGGCUCUGGCCGUGACACUAGCCAUAUAUUUUGAAGGCAGAGAAAUAAGCUGUUCUAACUGCUGGCCCAAAGAACCUUGGGAAGGAUCUUAAACUAUUUUAAUUGAAAUCUGAUGCUCAUACUUUUAGGAGUAUUUAUCUGCAAGAUGACCUUGCACACAUCAUAAGAAAACCAUCCAUAAUGAAAAAUACAAUUUCAACUCUCAGUGACUUUUAGUGGGAGGUUGACCCCAUUUCCCAUCCAUCGAGCUACAGUGGGACAAUCUGGGGCAGAUUAGAGAAAACAAAUGAAUCCAUCAUCUCCUUGUCUUGUGUUUUUAACAGCACUUAAAUAUUUUCCCUUCUGAACAUCAUAACUGCCAUUCAUCUCCAGACAAUGAUUUGACCUUAAUGCUCUUGUCACAGUUGUACAACGUGCUCUGGAUCAUCCUUUUAUUUCUACUGAUGGAGGGUGAUACAGUUUCAAGGUGGGAUGUGGAACAGCUGCAGUCGUUUGUGGGGAAUCUACUUCUUUGCCUUUUUAUACAUGUGUAAAAUCUCCUUGAUGCUUGUUCUAGACAGAAUCCUGGACUGUGUCAUUCUCAGGGUAGAAUUACAAUAGUUUUUACAGCCACUGUCAGCUGGAGUUAUUCCAUGUUGUCCUAGGAUGCUUUUCAUCUCAUUCCCAUUUCCCAUAGAAAUACAGUGAUUGCAUGGAGAGUAUACCUCUUGGGCCAUGUCAUGGAUGGUCAGCAGAGCUUUCAUUAUCAACAACAAAGAGAGAAUGGUCAAGGCAGACCAAGUGGCAGGGUUGAUAAGGCAUGUCCUUGUUGUUAUUUAUUAUAAUAGCUUGUAAAUAACAUUCCAAUGAAAAGUUAUAGGAUGAUGCCCCUGUGCCAUUCAACACAGGUUAUUCAGCCCAGGUCACUGAAACCAAACUUCUUGCCAUUACAAGCUGUUGUGUCUUGCAGAUUGUCAAUGUUAAUAUUUGACCACCUAACCAGAUCCAUGUACAUUUAAAACAAAAGCAAUGACGGGUAUUACAUCACUGAUUUAGCUGAUGCUGUCUAAAUCUGAAUGCUAUUUGCAUUUCUGUACAGGUCUGGUAAAGGAAGGCCAGUGCUCAUGAAAACGGAAUAUAAUCUGUAGACAGUAAAAUCUGCAUAAACAGACACUUAUUGAGAGGCAUAUCCCUAUAUUGUAAGGCUCAUAUAUACACUGCAAAUGUUUCAUCACAAGAAUUCUGAAAAUGGUUGUUUUAGUCAAAUGGUUGCAGUAGAUGAAGGCAUUUUAAAAAAAAAAUAAAAACAGAUUUUCCAAUCAGCUACCAUAUAUCAAGAGUGACACAUUGAAAAGCCUUUCUUUAAGAGUCUAUUUUUGACAGAUUUGACUGAACAGGGCCUAACCCAACUUUUUCUCCAAAAGUCCUUUAGAAGGUUUAUAGAAAAUUGCUGUUUUCGAGGGCCAGUCUCUGUACUUCAGUUCAGCAGUCAUGUAACCAGUCAGAAGGCCAUUUUGCUAUAUUUCAACAUGUGUUGUCUGGCUUCAAGCACAGCUUUAUGUGCUUCAGAACUUUUAUGGGAGGAGAUGGGUUUAUGGGUGGGGGGUGUUGGUGAUAGCCCUAAGUGAAAACAAGCAAGUGUUCCUAAUCGUGUACUGCUCUUACUGUAUAUUGCGCCAAGUAUUUUUGUUAUUCAUGCAGAAUGGAUCACCAAGCCAUCAAUAAAGAGAUUUCAUUUUUAA